AAGCGCUGGAGCUUCUGCUGUGGGACUAGGGGAUCACCUUUAGCACGUCCCCUACCUCACUGGGGUUUCUGUUUUAUUCUCACGCUGGGUGGGGGGGGGACCCAAAUUCUGUUGGUCUCCCCAUGCCCGCUUGCACCUGCUUCACCCGCUUUGUGCAAACUCAGUAAAGAUCCGCUCUCCCGAUGAAAGUGGCUUACUACUUCCAGGUUUAACGGGACUAUCAGGCCAUCAAGAUGGAUUUCAGCUCUUACAGUGGAGUCCCCAGGUUCCUGACCAGGCCUAAGGCCUUUGUGGUAUCCAUGGGGAAAGAUGCCACACUCAGCUGCCAGAUCAUUGGAAAUCCCAUCCCGCUGGUCAGCUGGGAGAAGGAUAAACUUCCUAUCCAGACAGGGGGAAGAUUUAAAAUGGUGGAAGACGGCGACCUAUAUCGUUUAACCAUUUAUGACUUGAGUCUGGACGACAGCGGUCAAUAUAUCUGCAGGGCCAAGAACUCGAUUGGGGAAGCUUUUGCCGCAGUUAGCAUCAAAGUUGGGGAGCAGACCACUGUGACCGAAUCGGCACCUUAUUUCAUCCAGAAGCCCACUUCUAUCCGAGUCAUCAUGGGAGAAGACGCCAUGUUCAAAUGCAUUGUCCAGGGUAGCCCACCCCUUUCGGUGAACUGGGAGAAAGACGGGAGGCACCUGGGCGGUCGGUCAGAGUCCAACCGCAUCCAGAUUGAGGCCCAGGGGGAGAAAAAUGCCCUCAAGAUCCAAAGCACUCGGUUGGUGGACAGCGGGACGUACACUUGCCGUGCAGAGAACCCUCUUGGGGCCACCAGCGCAGCAGCUGCGUUGGUGGUGGACUCGCCAGAUUCUUACAGCCCAGGUGGCACAAGGCACGCUAUAGACACAGACAGCAGCAAGACCUCCCCUUUGCUCUCACACUUGCAAAAAAGGCGAGAAGAAAUCAGGAAGACAGACCUAACCACUGCCGACUCUCUGAUCUCCACGGCUUACACCUCCAUGGAAGGGCGGUCGAAACUCGGCCUGAGCCUCUCCCUUGACUAUGAGAGGGCCGCCAGUUUGACGGCAAAGAGCUUCCGGGGCGAUGGUGGUUCUUACUACGGGGUAACGACGCGUACUUUCACCGUCACAGAGGGGAAACAUGCCAAGAUGAGCUGCUACGUGACGGGAGAGCCCAAGCCAGAGAUUGUUUGGAAGAAGGACGGCGAGGUCAUCCUCGAAGGGCGGAGGCACAUCAUCUACGAGGAUGAGCAGGAGAAUUUUGUGCUGAAGAUCCUCUUCUGCAAACAGGUUGACAACGGCCUCUACACAUGUACGGCUUCCAACCUGGCAGGGCAAACCUACAGCUCUGUGCUGGUCACAGUCAAAGAACCGAGAAUACCUUUCAAGAUGAAACUUAGAGACCUGGAAGUUCGGGAGAAGGAAUCUGCUUCCUUCCAGUGUGAGGUGCCCGUUCCCAGCACAGAAACCACCUGGUUCAAAGAGGAGACAAAACUCCAGCAGAGCCAAAAGUACAACAUUGAGGAAGAAGGCACGUAUCGGAAGCUUACAGUCCAGAAUGUUACCAUGGAUGACGAUGCUGUCUAUAUAUGUGAAAUGAAAGAGGGAAGCAGAACCAUUGCAGAAUUAAGUGUCCAAGGGAAUAUUAUCAAGAAACUGCCAAGGAAGACUGCAGUCAGCAUAAAUGACACGGCGAUAUUCUGUGUGGAGCUGGAAAACAAGUGCCAGAAAUUCCGGUGGCUAAAGAACAAGGAAGAACUGAAGCCCAACAGCAGAAUUGCCAUCACUUCAUCCGGCAAAGAGUACAGCAUGAUAAUCCGAGAUUGUAAAAUGGAGGACUCGGCAGAGAUUGUGUUUGUGGCCGACGAGUGCAGAACGUCCACCCAGUUUACUGUGUCCGCUCCAAAGAAGCCUCCAUCGCAUCCACCAGUUGACCCAGUGGUGAAAAAUAAAACAGAAACCUCAGUGAUGCUAUCCUGGUCCCCGCCUAAGAUGGAUCGCCCCAUCCCUAUUGAUGGAUAUGUAGUGGAGCGUAAGAAACUGACUGGAUUCACUUGGCUGAGGUGCCAUGAAUCCCCCGUUCCUGAAACCGAGUUCACUGUGAGCAACCUUGUUGAAGAGGCUGACUACCAAUUCCGAGUGUCUGCGGUCAACAACUAUGGCCAGAGCGGCUACCUUGACUUCCCAGGAACCCUGCACCUUGAACCAGUACUGGCUGUGAAAAGCCCUCUGAGAAAUGUAGAAGUAGCGCCAGGCAGGGAUGCAAUCUUCACUGUUGACCUCACUAAUACCUGUUCCGGCUCGUGGUAUGUUAAUGGCAACAUCGUGCAGAACAGCGAUAAGUACAUCAUUACAAGAACCAAAACGUCGCACAGCCUCACUGUCAAAAGGGUCACAAGUGUUUUCAAAGAAGCAGAGGUGAAAUUUGUCGCCAAUAAUCUUGAAAGCACUGCCAAGAUAAGUUUGAAAGACGAAGUGGCAAAGUUCGUCAAUGAAUCAACCCCCGGAAUCAAGGUCAAGCUGUCAGAGAAAUUUGAGCUGGUGUGCGAGGUCUCAUCAGAGAACGAGCCCGUCAUAUGGAAGAAGGGUAAAAAACCUAUCAGGCUGGACCAGAGAGUGACAUUUACCUCUCAGGGAGUUAACAGAAAGCUCAUUGUCCACAAUGCACUGAAAGAAGACGAAGGGAUUUACACCUGCGAAACAAAGGACGACAAGUUAACAUUCCACGUUGAGGUCGAAGAGCCCGUGCCUGUGUUUGCCAACAAGGAGAAGGUACAGAAAGAGAUCAAGGUUACCUUUUUAGAGAAUGCAUCUCUUCUCUGCGAGGUGGCCCAGGAAAACACAGAAGUGAGGUGGCUGAAGAAUGGGAAGCAGAUAAUCUCUAGCAAGAAAUUCAAGAUAGAAGCUGAAGGAAAGACCCGGCGGCUGAUCGUGCAGCAGGUAGAAAAAGAGGAUGUCGGUGAUUACACCUGUGAGGCUGCUGGCCAAAAACUCGCCUUCAAAGUCGUUGCAGAAGCUGCAAAAGUUGCAGAAGUUGAGGAUGUCUUUGUCAACAAGGAGAAGGUCCAGAAGGAGAUCAAGGCUGUUGUUUCAGAGAACGCCUCCAUCACCUGUGAGGUGGCCCAGACCAAGACAGAAGUGAAGUGGUUCAAGGAGGGGAAGCAGAUCACCUCCAGCAAGAAAUUCAAGGUUGAAGCUGAAGGCAAGACCCGGAGGCUGAUUGUGCAACAGGUGGAAAAAGAGGACGCUGGUGAAUACACUUGUGAGGCUGCUGGUCAAAAGCUCACCUUCAAAGUCAUUGCGACAGCUGCAAAAGUUGCAGAAGUUGAGGAUGCAUUCGUCAACAAGGAGAAGGUCCAGAAGGAGAUCAAGGCUGUUGUUUCAGAGAACACCUCCAUCACCUGUGAGGUGGCCCAGACCAAGACAGAAGUGAAGUGGUUCAAGGAGGGGAAGCAGAUCACCUCCAGCAAGAAAUUCAAGGUAGAAGCGGAAGGCAAGAUCCGGCGGCUGAUUGUGCAACAGGUGGAGAAAGAGGAUGCUGGUGAAUACACUUGUGAGGCCGCUGGUCAAAAGCUCACCUUCAAAGUCACUGCGACAGCUGCAAAAGUUGCAGAAGUUGAGGAUGUGUUUAUCAACAAAGAGAAGGUCCAGAAGGAGAUCAAGGCUGCUGCUUCAGAGGACGCUUCCAUCACCUGUGAGGUGGCCCAGGCCAAGACAGAAGUGAAGUGGUUCAAAUAUGGGAAGCAGAUCACCUCCAGCAAGAAAUUCAAGGUAGAAGCUGAAGGCAAAACCCGGAGGCUGAUUGUGCAGCAGGUGGAGAAGGAGGAUGCUGGCGAGUACACCUGUGAGGCUGGAAACCAGAAACUGACAUUCCGUAUCACUGUGACACCUGCAAAAGCUGCAGAAAUCGAGGAUGUGUUUGUCAACAAGGAGAAGGUCCAGAAAGAGAUCAAGGCUGUUGUUUCGGAGAACGUCUCCAUCACCUGUGAGGUGGCCCAAGCCAAGACAGAAGUGAAGUGGUUCAAGGAUGGGAAGCAGAUCACCUCCAGCAAGAAAUUCAAGGUAGAAGCUGAAGGCAAGACCCGGAGGCUAAUUGUGCAGCAGGUGGAGAAGAAGGAUGCUGGCGAAUACACCUGUGAGUCCGGAAACCAGAAACUAGCCUUCAAAGUCACUGCAACAGAUGCAAAAGCUGAGGAUGUGUUUGUCAGCAAGGAGAAGGUCCAGAAAGAGAUCAAGGCUGUUGUUUCGGAGAACGCCUCCAUCACCUGCGAGGUGGACCAGGCCAAGACAGAAGUGAAGUGGUUCAAAGACGGGAAGCAGAUCACCUCCAGCAAGAAAUUCAAGGUUGAAGCUGAAGGCAAGACCCGGAAGCUGAUUGUGCAACAGGUGGAGAAGAAGGAUGCUGGCGAGUACACCUGUGAGGCCGCUGGCCAAAAACUCACCUUCAAAGUCAUUGCAGCAGAUGCAAAAGCUGAGGAUGUGUUCGUCAACAAGGAGAAGGUCCAGAAAGAGAUCAAGGCUGCUGUUUCGGAGACUGCCUCCAUCACCUGCGAGGUGGCCCAGGCCAACGCAGAAGUGAAGUGGUUCAAAGACGGGAAGCAGAUCACCUCCAGCAAAAAAGUCAAGGUAGAAGCUGAAGGCAAGACCCGGAGGCUGAUUGUGCAACAGGUGGAGAAGAAGGAUGCUGGCGAGUACACCUGUGAGGCCGCUGGCCAAAAACUCACCUUCAAAGUCAUUGCAACAGAUGCAAAAGUUGCGGACGUUGAGGAUGCAUUUGUCAACAAGGAGAAGGUCCAGAAGGAGAUCAAGGCUGCUGUUUCAGAGAAUGCCUCCAUCACCUGUGAGGUGGCCCAGGCCAAGACAGAAGUGAAGUGGUUCAAGGAGGGGAAGCAGAUCACCUCCAGCAAGAAAUUCAAGGUUGAAGCUGAAGGGAAGACCCGGCGGCUGAUUGUGCAGCAGGUGGAGAAAGAGGACGCUGGUGAAUACACUUGUGAGGCUGCUGGUCAAAAGCUCACCUUCAAAGUCAUUGCGACAGCUGCAAAAGUUGCAGAAGUUGAGGAUGUGUUUGUCAACAAGGAGAAGGUCCAGAAGGAGAUCAAGGCUGUUGUUUCAGAGAACGCUUCCAUCACCUGUGAGGUGGCCCAGACCAAGACAGAAGUGAAGUGGUUCAAGAAUGGGAAGCAGAUCACCUCCAGCAAGAAAUUCAAGGUAGAAGCUGAAGGCAAAACCCGGAGGCUGAUUGUGCAGCAGGUGGAGAAGGAGGAUGCUGGCGAGUACACAUGUGAGGCUGGAAACCAGAAACUAGCCUUCAAACUUAAUGUUCCAGAGGUUGCAGAUAUAUUUGCCAAAAAGGAGAAGGUGCAGAAGGAGGUCAAGGCUGUCCUGAAGGAGAGCGCUGCUUUGGUCUGUGAGGUGGCCACUUCCGAUACCCAGGUGAAGUGGUACAAAGAUGGAAAGCCUCUCAGUACUAGCAAAAAAAUCAAGGUGGUCUCUGAUGGCACCUCCCGGAAGCUGGUAUUGGAGCAGGUGGAGAAGAAUGAUGCAGGGAACUACACAUGUGAAGCUUCUGGCCAGAAACUGAUUUUCAAGGUUGAAGCAGCAGAGCCUGAGGCAAAAUUCGAAAGGAAAGUUCCCCAAGAGAAGCCGAUUGUUGUUCAGGAGGAAAAGAGCAUCAACCUGUCAACUUCAGUGGUGCCUGAAGAUGCCGAAGUCAAAUGGCUCAAAGACGGAAUUGAGAUCAAAGCCAGCAAGAAGUAUGAGAUGAAAAAAGACGGGGCCUCUAGGACCCUGACUGUGAAGGUGGCCGAUGUCAAAGAUACUGGUGUGUACACGUGUGAGACCAAGAGUGAUAAGCAGCAGUUCCAGGUGCAGGUCCAAGAAGUCCCAGUGAAGUUUGCAAAGAAGCUGGAACCCGUUAAAGCUGAGAUCGGAGGGGCCCUGACUCUGAGUUGUGAACUAAGCCAAGCUGGGGGCAAAGUUGUCUGGCGCAAGGAUGGAGUGGAGCUCAAAGCAAGCAAGCGCUACCAGAUGCGUGAGACAGGCGAAAAGCGUAUCCUGGUCAUAACUGGCCUCCGGGCAGAAGACAAGGGGGAUUAUUGCUGUGAAACCAAGGAUGACAAGUGCAGCAUUCAUGUCAGCCCCACAGUUCCUAGGCUGGUGAAGUUUGUCAAAGGCCUCCACAACAUAGUAGCUGAAGAAGGCAAAGAGGCAGUUUUCAAAUGCGUUGUCUCCCCCAGCGACGCCGCUGUCACGUGGAGUCGGAAUGGAGCCAAAAUCGAAGCCAGUAAAAAAUAUGUCAUAUCCCAGGAGGACUCAAACCAUAGCCUCACCAUCACUGACUUGACUCUGAAAGACUCCGCUGCAAUCUCAGCAGAAGCGGAAGGAGUAGAGAGCAAAGCAACCCUCAAAGUGGAAGAGACGCCAGUAUCAUUUGUGAAGAAACUGGAAGCCAAAAUUGUUGAGGAGAAGGAGAUGGUGACUCUGGAAGUAGAGCUAUCAAAACCAACCACAGAGGUGAAAUGGAUGAAGAAUGGCAGCUUGCUCCAUCCAGGUGACAACAUGGAGAUCAAGGCCGAAGGGACAAAGCACAGCCUGGUGAUUAAGAGUGCCGCCUGCGGGGACCGUGGCUAUUAUUCCUGCGAGACUCUCCAUGACAAGACCCAGGCAAAAAUAGCUGUGGAAACGAGACCCAUCAAACUGGUGAAAGGCCUUCAGCCAAUAGAUACCCAUGAGGGGCAGUCUGCUACAUUCGAGGUGGAGCUGUCACACGAGAAUGUGGAAGUUACCUGGAUGAAGGAUGGCGUGAGGCUGAAAGCCAAGGACAACUGCUGCAUUAGUGUCCAGGGGAAGAAGCAUUCGCUGACUCUUUCAUCCCUUGAAAUUGAGGACUCGGGCCUUGUUGCCUUCAAGGCUGAAAGUCUUCACACAACCGGCAGACUUAAUGUGAAAGAACGGCCCGUGAAAAUAAUUAAACCUUUGCAAGACAUUAAUGCUCAGAACAAGGACGAAGUAACCUUCGAAUGUGAACUUUCCAGGCCUAAUGCAGAUGUCAAGUGGCGUAAGGAUGGAAUCGAGCUUCGGCCAAAUAAAAAAAUUGCAGUCUUUGCACGAGGGACCACGAGAAGCCUCACAAUUCACAAAUGCGAAUUUGAAGACAAAGGGACAUAUAUGUGCGAUGCUGUUGACGACAAGAGCUCAGCUACCUUGGUGGUCCAUGCCCGAGAUAUCAAGAUAGUGAAGCCACUGGAAGAUGUGGAGGUGAGCGAGAAAGAGAGUGCUUCCUUCACCUGCGAGAUUUCACACGACGAGGUUGAAACCCAGUGGUUCAGCAACGAAAACAAGAUCCGGGCUGGAGAGAACAUCAGGUUGCGUCAGGACGGGAAAAGCUACGCGCUAGUCUACAGAAGCGUGGAGAUGGAGGAUUCAGCAGAAAUCAAAUUUGUUGCUGAAAAAGCAGAAUCCCGGGCAAAACUUAAAGUAAAAGAACUGCCUGUAAGGUUUGUGAAACCUCUCCGCGUAAAGAUUGCAAUUGAGAAGCACCGGGGCUUUCUGGAGUGCCAAGUGUCUCGCCGCAAUGCUGAGGUCAAGUGGUAUAAGGAUAACAAACUGAUCCAACCUGGCGAAAAGUACGAGAUUGUCAGCGACGGGGUCUACAGGAAGCUCAUAAUCAAUGAGACGGAGUUUGCUGAUGAAGGCAUUUACACCUGCGAUGCCAUCGAUGACAAAAGCAGUGCUCAGUUUUAUGUGGAAGAGCAAUCCAUCAAUAUUGUGAAGGAGCUGAGGGAUGUGGAGGUCAGUGAGCCAGCGGAAGCCAGGUUUGAGUGCGAAAUCUCCAUUGAGUCUGUCAAGCCCCCUAAAUGGUCUCUCCGCGGAGAACUCCUGCAGGCCGGCAAGGAUGUUGUGAUAGAACAGGAGAGGAGGCUCCACCGCCUGAUCCUGAGGAAGACUGACGUAGAGAUGACAGGCACUAUUCAGUUUGCCAUUGGCAAAGCAAAGUCCACAGCGAACUUGGUGGUGAAAGAUCUUCAAGUGACUAUUACCAGGCACCUAGAAGACAAGGUUGUCCAGGAAACCCACUCAGUUGUCCUUUCUUGUGAGUUCAAGCCUUCUCCAAAGGUUGUAGAAUGGUACAAAGACCACACCCUCAUCGAGCCCUCAGAGAGGUUUAAGCUCAAGAGGGAUAAGAACACAGCAGAGCUAAAAAUCCUGAAGUUGUCUGUUGGAGAUUCUGGUGUUUACAAAUGCAAAGCUGGGACUUCAGAGACCAAGGCCUCACUGACCAUUCUGGAACGCAAAGUGGAGAUAACGAAGCAUCUGGAAGAUGUGGAAAUUGAGGAGGAGAACUGUGCCUUCUUCUCCUGUGAGCUGUCUGAAGACAUUGACGACGUGGAAUGGUUCCUCAAUGACACACACCUCUUUCCCAACAACUUCAAUGAGAUCAAGAAACUGGGCACCUCUCACAGCCUGAUGCUCAAACACGUCAUGCCAGAAGAUGCUGGCUCGGUGACUAUCAAGGUUCAGAAGAAAGUCACCGAGAGUGCUCGGCUGAAGGUGAAAGAGAAGCCUGCCGUCUUCAUGAAGUCCCUGGAUGAUGUUGCUGCAGAGGAGCGCAGCACAGUCAGCCUGGAGUGUGAGGUCUCCAAGGCAAAGGUCAAGCCCAUCUGGAAGAAGGAGGGUGUGGAACUCACCCCAAGCGACAAGUACGAGAUGCUUCAGGCUGGGAAGACGCUGGGUCUCAUUAUCCAUGACCUCAACAAGGCUGAUGCCGGCUUGUAUACAUGCGACCUUGGUACAGAGGUGGCCAAGUCUAGAGUCAGCGUCCAAGAACUGAACAUCGGUGUCACCAAACGCCUCAAGAACACGGAAGUCCUGGAAGGGGAGAGUUGUAGCUUUGAAUGUGUUCUCUCCCACGAAAGCGCUGAAGAUUGCCGCUGGCUCAUCAAUGGAACUGAAGUGGGCCGCGAGGGACGGGUUAGAGCAUUCAACAAAGGGAGGAAAUACACUCUCAAUAUUAAAAAAGCAAUGGCCACUGAUGCUGGAGAGGUCGUUUUCUCCCUCGGUGACUUAAGCUCCAAAGCCACUCUAGUCGUGAAAGAAAAGCCAGCGGAAUUUGUACGUGACCUGGAGGACAAGACCGCGUUGGUGGGGCAGGAGACUAGCUUGAGUUGCGACUUGUCCAAGUGGGACGGCAACAUUAAGUGGCGCAAGGAUGGCAAAGAGAUUCGGAGGAGCCAAAAGUACGACCUGCGCGAGGAGGGGACCCGCGUCAUACUGAUCAUCCACGAUGCCUCAGUCAAGGACAGUGGGGAAUACACAUGCGAGACUGAAAUCUCUAAAACAAAAGCAACGCUUACUGUGGAAGAAGCAGGAAACUGCUUCAUCAAAGACCUUACGGACCUGAAGCUGGAGGAAAAUAAAAAAGCAGUUCUUACUUGCGAAACCAAGAAGCCGGCUUCUGCAGUGACCUGGAGGAAAGGGAUUACGGACCUCAAGGCAAGCAAGAAAUAUGAGAUCAGCCAGAAGGGGACAGUCCUGCAACUCACAGUGAACGACUUACAGGAAGACGACAGUGACAUUUAUACCUGUGACAUUGGCGAGACCCAGUCGAGCGCAAAGGUGGUAGUGCAAGCCCUGCCAGUUCUUUUCCAACAAGAACUGCAGAACAGGGAAGCUGAGGAAGGAAGCAAAGUGCGGCUUACCUGUGAGCUUAACAAGGCAGACCUGCCGGUGCAGUGGAUGAAGGGAAACCAAGUCCUGCAGGCCGGCGACAAGUAUGAGUUGAAGCAGCGUGGCGCUGUGGCAGAGCUAGUGAUCCGGGAUGUAAAGAGUUCUGAUGCUGGGGAUUAUACCUGCAGCACUGGCGAGCUAAAGACCUCGGCUAGAGUGCAAGUGACGGCCCUGCCAGUUCUUUUUAAGCAAGAGCUUAAAGAUGUGGAAAAGGAAGAAGGAGACACCGUAGCUUUGCGCUGCGUACUCAACAAGCCGGAUGCAUCCGUGGCCUGGAAGAAGGGAGCGACGGUCCUUCGGGCUAGUGACAAAUAUAAGAUGAAGCUGGAGGGGUGUGUGGCUGAGCUGUUCAUCCACAAUUCAGAGCCAGAGGAUGGUGGGAGAUACACCUGUGAUGCCGGAGAUAAGCAGAGCACAGCUCAGGUCAAAAUCCAUGCCAUACCUACCCGCUUCAAAGAACCGCUAAAGAACACGGAAUCCACACAAGGUGGGAUAGUUACUCUGCACUGUGAGCUGAACAAGUCUGCUCCAGUGGAGUGGAUGAAGGGGCAGAAAGGUCUGAGACCCAGCAGCAAAUACAGAAUGAAGAAAGAAGGAACUGUGGCCGAACUGACGAUCCACGAUCUAGACCUCAAGGAUGCUGGGGAUUACACAUGUUCCGCUGGAGACCAAAAGACAACAGCUGUCUUAACAGUGAAUGCCUUGGCAGCACAGAUCAAAGUGGGGCUAAAGAAUGAGGAAGCAACAGAGAGUGGAACAGCCACUCUGCAUUGCGAGUUGACCAAGGCCGUUGACUCCGUUGAGUGGCUGAAGGAUCAAAAGGUGCUGAAACCGAGUGAAAAAUACAGAAUGAGGCUAGAAGGUCGCUUUGCUGAGCUAACCAUCCAAGAUCUGGAACUGACGGAUGCUGGAAGCUACACAUGUGUGUGUGGAGAUCAGAAGACCACUGCAGCCGUGAAAGUGAAUGCACUGCCUGUAUUUUUCCAAGAAGAACUAAAAAGCAAGGAGGUUACAGAGGGCGAGACGACCACACUGCUCUGCAUGCUGAGCAAGGCUGCCCCUGUGGAAUGGCGGAAGGGGCAAAGGGCACUCAAAGCAGGUGGCAAAUACGAAAUUAAGCAGGAGGGACCUUGUGCUGAGCUGAUGAUCCAUGACUUGGAUGUAGCAGAUUCUGGAGACUACACUUGCAAAUGCGGAGGACAGAAGACUACAGCUAGCUUGACCGUGAAUGUCUUGCCUACACUUUUCACGAAAGCCCUGAAGGACGAAGAAGCUACGGAAGGCAAAGCUGCCACUCUGCGGUGCGAGCUGAACAAGUCCUCUGCCACCGUGGAGUGGAAGAAAGGACACAAGACCCUUAAGCAAGGCAGCAAGUACAAAAUGAGGCAGGAUGGCACCAUUGCUGAGCUUAUCAUUCAAGGCCUGGAGCUAACAGAUUCUGGGACUUACAGCUGUGUGUGUGGAGAGCAGCAGACUGUGGCAUCUUUGGAAGUCAAGGCCCUCCCGGUGCUUUUCAAAGAAGGACUGAAGAACAGGGAAGCCGUGGAAGGCACCACCGCCACUCUGCGUUGUGCCAUGACCAAAGCUGGUGUUGAGGUGAAGUGGAGAAAGGGGCCUGAGUCUCUCAAGCCAAGUGACAAGUACAGAAUGAGGCAGGAAGGUGCUGCGGCUGAACUCUUGAUUCGAGACCUGCAGGUGGAGGAUACAGGAGAUUAUACCUGUGUUUGUGGAGACCAAAAGACAACGGCUGUCUUGACUGUUCAUGCUGUGCCUGCACGUUUCCAAGAAGAACUUAAAAGCCAGGAAGCCACGGAAAGUGGGACGGCCACUCUGCGCUGUGAGCUGAGCAAGGCUGCCCUAGUGGAGUGGAGGAAGGGUGAGCGGUUGCUCAAACCGAGUGAUAAAUACAAAAUCAAACAGAAGGAUAAUGUUGCCGAGCUGAUCAUCCAAGACGUCACGGACCAAGAUGCUGGAGAUUACUCUUGUGUGUGUGGAGAUCAAAAAACAUCUGCCUCUCUAACUGUGCAUGCCCUGCCUCCACGCUUCAAAACAGAGCUGAGCAACCUGGAGGUUGCAGAACGCGGAACAGCUACUUUGCGGUGUGAGUUGACCAAGGCAGCGGCUCCAGUGGAGUGGAGGAAGGGCAAUGAGGUGCUCAAGCCGAACGACAAAUACAAAAUGAAGCUAGAAGGUGCUGUCGCUCAGCUUGUCAUCCACAGUUUGGAACUGGGAGAUGCUGGAGAUUACAGCUGCACCUUUGGUGAUCAGAAGACCUUGGCUUCCUUGAGAGUGAAUGCCCUCCCUGCCCUUUUCAAGAAAGGCAUGGAGGAUCAAGAGGCCUUGGAAGAUGGGACGGUUGCUUUCCAGUGUGAGCUGACGAAAGCAUCUCCAGUGGAAUGGAAGAGGAAGCAUAAGUCACUCAAACCGAGCGACAAGUACAAAAUGAGGCAGGAAGGUGCUGUCUCAGAGCUUGUGAUAGUCAGCCUAGAACUUAAGGAUGCUGGAGAGUAUUCCUGUGUGUGCGGCAACCAGACAACAACUGCGGCUCUGACGGUGCACGCCUUGCCCAUAGUUUUCAAAGAAGAACUAAAAUGUGCAGAAGCUAUGGAAGGCGAGGUGGCCACCCUGCGCUGCAAGCUCAGCAAGCCUGCUUCGGUCGAAUGGAAGAAGGGCAGCCAGUCACUGAAGCACGGUGAAAAAUACACAAUGAGGCAGAAGGACACCAUAGUGGAACUGCUGAUUCAUCACCUAGAAGAGGAGGAUUCGGGCGAUUAUACCUGUGUGUGUGGCAACCAGCAAACCACAGCUGCCUUAGCAGUACAUGUUCCACCGGCCCUCUUCAAAGAGCCCCUAAGGAAUGUGAAAGCUACAGAAGAAGGAACAGCCACUCUAUGCUGUGAACUAACUAAGGCCGCUCCGGUGGAGUGGAUGAAAGGGCAGAAUUUGCUCAAGGAAGGUGAUAAGUACAAAAUGAGACAGGAAGGCUCUGUUGUUAAGCUGCUGAUUCAAGAUCUGGAACUGACUGAUGCUGCUGAAUAUACCUGCAUCUGUGGAGACCAGAAGACAGCAGCUUCCUUGACCGUGCAUGCCUUGCCUGCAAGGUUCAAACGCAACCUAAAGAACAUGGAAGCAACAGAAGGUGGUGUGGCCACAUUGCAGUGUCAGCUGACCAAGGUCGCACCCGUGGAAUGGAAGAAGGACGGCCAAGUGCUCCAAGCUAGUGAAAAGUGGAUCAUGAGACAAGAUAGUGGCGCUGUAGAGCUGGAGAUCCAUCAACUAGAUCUUCAGGAUAUGGGAAACUAUAGCUGUGUGUGUGGAGACCAACAAACUACAGCGUCUUUGACAGUCAAUGCUCUCCCCGCAUUUUUCAAGGAAGAGUUAAAGAGUGAGCAGGUUGCAGAAGAAGGCUCAGUAACACUGCGCUGCAGGUUGAGCAAAGAUGCCUCAGUGGCGUGGAAGAAAGGGCGCAACCUGCUGAAUGCAGGUAGCAAGUACAUCAUGAUGCAGCAAGGGACUACUGCAGAGCUGACUAUUGAUCAUGCAGAACUGCAAGAUGCAGGAGAUUAUACCUGUGUAUGCGGAGACCAGCAGACAACAGCUGCUUUAACUGUCCAUGCCUUACCUGCCUAUUUCAAAGGUGAACUAAGGUACCAAGAAGCCACCGAAGGCGAAUCUGCUGUUCUUCGGUGUCAGCUGAGCAAGGUGGCUCCAGUUGAGUGGAGGAAGGGGCAGCUGGUCCUCAGCCAAAGUGAGAAAUACACACUAAAGCAGGAAGGCGCCAUUUCAGAGCUGCUGAUCCACAGCCCUGAUGAACAGGAUGCAGGAGAAUACACCUGUGUUUGUGGAGACCACCAGACCACUGCGACCCUAAGAGUCAAUGCCCUCCCAGCACGGUUCAAAAUGGAACUGAAGGAUGUAAAAGCCACUGAAAAUGAAACGGCCACACUACGCUGUGAGCUCACCAAGGCCGCUCCGGUGGAGUGGAUGAAGGAAGAAAAGAAAGUAGCAGAAAGCAACAAGUACCGAAUCAGGCAGGAAGAAACUGUCACAGAGCUGGCGAUCCACGAUUUAGACAUGGAGGAUGCUGGGCGCUACACCUGCACAUGUGGAGACCAGAAGACCACUGCCGUCUUAACAGUUAACGCCCUCAAGCCUGAAUUCAAGCAACGGCUGAAGAAUGAGAAAGGGGAAGAAGGUGGAACAGCCAGGCUGCGCUGCGAGGUGACGGUGAUUAAGGCGCCAGUGGAGUGGAGGAAAGACGGCGUGGUGCUUCAUCCCGGUCCCAAAUACGAAAUGAAACAGGAAGGUGCCAAGCACGAGCUAGCUGUUCGCGAUUUGGAAACCAAGGACAGUGGAGAGUAUUCCUGCAUCACUGGGGAUCAAACCACAUCGGCAAAGCUGGAAGUUAAAGGACUUGACAUCACCAUCAUUAGGGGGCUGAAGAACAUGGAGGCCUUUGAGGAUGAAGAUGUGACCUUUGAGUGCAAGGUCUCCCACGACAAUGCGAAGGAUGUGGAGUGGAAGCUUCAGGAAGCCUCUCUCCAGAGCAAUGAGAUGAACAAAAUCUCCGUUGAAAAAGGCAGGGUCCACAUAUUGCAGUUGAGGAAGGUGACCCAGCAAGAUUCAGGCACCGUCACCUUCCGGGUUGGACCAUAUACCUCCACAGCACAGCUCAAAGUGAAAGCACCACUUCCCACAUUUAAAGAGGAGCUGGCCACCAAAGAGUUGCAAGAGGACAGUACGGCCAUCUUGAAAUGUGAAGUCUCCCAGCCUGGCGUAUCGGCGACAUGGAAGAAGGGAGCCCAAGUGAUUUCUCCAAGUUCCAAGUAUGAAAUCCAGCAAGAAGGAACAGUACUCACCUUAAAGAUUUACAAUUUAAAACCAGAGGACUCUGGCAAAUACACCUGUGACAUUGGGAACCAGAAAACCACAGCAACCAUCUCCGUUGAAGCUCUCCCAGCCCUUUUUGAAACCCAGCUUGAGAGCCAGGAGGCUGAGGAAGGCUCGGUGGUCACCCUUCUUGCUAAGCUCUCCAAACCUGACGUGCCCGUGAAGUGGAGCAGAGGCUCAGUCCGACUGCGAGCCAGCGACAAGUACGAGAUGAGGCAAAAAGGCUCCACUGUCGAGCUUCUCAUUCACAAUGCUCAGCCAGAGGACUCUGGGAACUACACCUGUGACUCUGGGGACCAGCAGACCACAGCAUCAGUGCUUAUCAAAGCUUUGCCAGUACUUUUUGUUAACCUGCUUGAGAAUCAGGAGGCGGUAGAGGGCGGCACAGUCACCUUGCGCUGUGAGAUCUCGAAAGGUGGCGCACCUGUGAAGUGGAAAAAGGAUAGGUCCCUCCUGAGGUCCAGUGGCAAGUACACCAUGAAGCAAGUAGGGACCGUGGUGGAGCUGAUUGUUUCUGAGCUGACUGCCGAUGAUGCAGGAGUAUACAGCUGUGACACAGGAGACCAGGAGACCACUGCUUCAUUGCUGGUGAACGAAGCGCCAGCCACCAUAGUGGAGGCACUGAAAGAUAUCACCUUGUACGAAAACGAAGAUGCCGUGUUCCAGUGCAAGGUCUCUCGGGAGAAGGCAAAGGACGUGGAAUGGAGUCUGAGCGGGGUGCCUCUCCAGUCCAACGAAAUGAACGAGAUUGCGGUUCAAGGGAAAAUUCACACGCUCACCCUCCGGAAGGUGACGCUCGAAGACUCCGGCUCUGUCACUUUCAAAGUGGGACAGAAUUCUUCUGAGGCCCAGCUGACCGUGCAGCCUGCUCCAGUAAUCUUCAUAAAGCAGCUGGAGAAUAUGGAAGUAGAUGAGAACGCCACAGCUAUCUUCCGCUGUGACCUUUCCAAGCCCAAUGUCCGCAUGGAAUGGAAGAAGGGUUCGUCCACAGUCCAGCCCAGCCAGAAGAUUGAAAUUAAAGUAGAAGGAACUGCCCACAGUUUGAUCAUCCGUACCGCGGUCCCUGAAGAUUCAGGAGAAUACAGCUGCAGCACAGCUGACAGGAAGACCACAGCGAGGUUAAAGGUUAAAGCUCUCCCUGUCCUUUUCAAACGUGGUCUCCAAAACAAAGAGGUUGAGACGGGGAACACAGUGUCCUUGCGUUGUGAGCUGUCCAAGCCUUUGGCCCCGGUGGCCUGGAAGAAAGGGAAAGUGGUGCUGCAGUCCAGCGACAAGUAUGAGCUCAGGCAGGAAGGGAACUUUGCAGAGCUCCUCAUCUACGAUGUGGAAGCUCAGGAUGCUGGCGAGUACACCUGCGAUUCAGGAGACCAACAGACAACAGCCACCGUGAAAGUCAAAGUUCUGCCAGUGCUCUUCAAAGAAGAAUUGCAGAACGUGGAAUCAGAAGCAGGUGGAAAGGCCGUCCUGCGCUGCGAGAUCUCAAAACCCGACGCUCCUGUGGAGUGGAGGAAAGGAGCCAUCGUCCUUCAGCCUAGUGCCAAGUAUGAGAUGCGGCAGAGAGGCACAAGUAUUGAGCUGAUCAUUCACAAUCUGGAGCCCGAAGAUUGCGGCCCCUACACUUGUAGCACAGGAGAUGAGCUGUCGACAGGCUCCGUUUAUGUACAAGAAGAGGAAGUGCAGAUAGUUUCUGGUUUAAAGAACACGGAUGUCUUUGCGGGCGAAUCAGCCACUUUCACUUGCGAGCUCUCGCGCCCGGGCAUGCAAAACGUACAGUGGUGGCUGGACGGAUCUCCCCUUCAAAGCAGCCCCGUGAACGAAAUCUCUGUGCAAGAUGGGAAAGUGUAUACUUUGACCCUAAAGGACCUGGGGCCCAAUGAUUCAGGAAUUGUGACCUUCAGAGCGGGCCCCCUCAUAUCUUCCGCUAAAUUAUUAAUCAAAGAUCCAACCAUUGAAGUGGUCAGUCCCAUGCAGGACAUUACCGUGGACGAAGAUGGCACAGCAGAAUUCAUCUGCCAAUAUUCCAGGCCUGUGCAGGCCACGUGGAUGAAGAACGAGCAGGCGGUUCACGCAGACGGCCAGCGAAUUGUCAUUGAGCAAGACUGGAAUGUGGCCAAGCUGAAGAUCAAGCCUGCUCUCCCAGGGGACACCGGCAUCUAUUCUUGCGAAGCUGGAGGCACUAAAGUGGUGGCUCUGCUUGAUGUUCAAGCCAAGAACACCAUCGUCCAGGGCUUAGAGAACGUUGAUGCAAUGGAAGGGGGUGAAGCUCUGUUUGAGUGCUACCUUUCGAAACCUGAGUGCUACAAUUAUAACUGGCUGAUUGACGAUGAGCCAGCCAAAACCUCUGAAAACAUUGAGAUGGUUUAUUUUGAAAAUGGUCUCCGGCACCUCCUUCUCCUGAAGAACCUCACGCCCCAUGACAGCUGCCAAGUGACUUUCCAGACCGGUGACGUGGCUUCGUCUGCAUUCCUAACUGUAAAAGGAUGGCGUCUGGAAUUCUUGGAGCCAAUCUCUGACACCACAGUUACUGCUGGGGACCAGGCGACCUUCACCUGUGUUUUAAGUGAAGCAGUUCCAGUCAAUGAAAUUGCUUGGUAUAUUAACGAUGUGGAUAUCCAAGCAGAUGAAAACUGGAGGAUCCAAGCAGAAGGAAAUAGCUACAAACUCAUACUGAAGAAAGCCCAACUGCAUCACUCUGGAGAGGUGACCUUUGCUGCAAGGGAUGCCAUUGUGUCAGCUAAGUUAUCUGUCAUAGCCCUCCCUGACCCUCCUGAAGAACCGGAGAUCAUAAGUAAAACCAGCCACUCGGUCACCUUGUCCUGGUUCAAGCCGCUCAACAACGGGGGUGUUGACAUCCUAGGCUACCGUGUCGAAAUGAAAAGCCCAGGCAGUGACUGGCAGCCAUGCGGCACCGGAGUUAUCCCAAGCACAGAGUUUGUAGUGGACAAUCUCACAGCAGGCAAGACGUACAGAUUCCGCAUUUCAGCUGUCAGCAAAGCGGGUGCUGGGAAGCCAGUGCAUUUGCCUCAAAGUGUGCAGCUAGAGCCGGCUGCAGUGACUGCAAUCACUCGACCUUUGGCCGAUAAGUCUGCUGUGGAAGGGGAGAAGACUCGUUUGGAGUGCGAAUUGUCCAAAGAAACCAAAGAGGUUGUUUGGCUCAAAGAAGGAAAACCAAUCCAACCUAGCGGGAAGUAUGAACUCAUCUCAGAGGGCAAAAAACAGACCCUCAUCAUUCAUGGCUUUAAAGCUGAAGAUCAAGGGUCAUACACCUGCAUGGCCUCUCCUGAUGUCAAAACAUCUGCCAAACUUUCUGUUGAAGUGUCAACUGUGUCCAUGUUAAAAGAGGCCACUGAGAAAACCCUCAAGCCUGAGGAGCUUGGCGAGAUAGCAGACGACCAGACGCAACCCAGUUUACCACCUGAAGCGGCUCAGGAGGGUGACCUCCACCUCCUAUGGGAGGCUCUUGCCAAAAAGCGCAGGAUGAGUCGGGAGCCAACUCUGGAUUCGAUCAGCGAAUUGCCAGAAGAGGAUGACAAACGUCAGAAACAGAGGAAGGAAGAAGCUGAGAUCAUUCAGUACUACUCGGAGGAAUACUCUACUUGUGAUGAGUCGGCUAAAGCAGGAGAAGCAGACUUCUCUGUCACCAGUUCAGACGACGAGUCAAGGGCCGGAACUCCUUCCCUUAUUAACUACCUCAAAAAGGCGAGCACAACCAGCGUUAGUGGUAAAGUCCAGACUGUCUCUGCAGGGAAAGUCUCUAAACAGUGGGAGAAAGCAGGUCCUGAGCCAGCUGCUCUUGCUAAGCCUGUUGAACCAGAAGCUGUAGAAGGAGAUCUGGAUGACCCUUCGUUGUCUCACGCAGCUGUGAAGAUCCAGGCUGCUUUCAAAGGGUACAAAGUGCGGAAAGAGAUCAAGCAGCAAGAAUGCCCAGUGUUUGCCGAGACCUUCAAGGACUUCUUUGGAGAACCAGGAAGCACCCUCCACCUUGAGUGUGUGGCUCAAAGCAAAACCGACAUGAAGGUCCGCUGGCUGAAAGACGGCGUUGAAGUUUUGGACGGGCGCCAUUGCCACAUAGACAAUUACAGCGACGGGACUUGCUCCUUGAUCAUCACUGGCCUCGAAAUGAAUGACGUCGGCAAGUAUACCUGCGAGGUGUCCAAUAAGUUUGGCAAGGCCUCCCACAGCGCCAAGGUGACGGUGGGCGUCCCACCUCAAGCCCCCGUACGGAAACACAAGGCUGCCAAAAAAAUCCCCGAGAGCGAGGAGAGCUCUUCUGGCAGCGAGUUGGACGAUGCCUUCCGUAAAGCGGGGAGGAGGCUUCACAAGCUGUUCAAGUCAAAAAUAUCCACAGAGAUUUCGGACGUGGACGAGGAACUCUUUGUUAGUGCUGAUGAGGGAGAGAUAGAGGUGGUGGACCACCAGACCUACCGUGAAGAUGAGAGGUACAUCUACAUCAAGUUUGAAGUUAUGGCCGAGGCGAAGACGGCUGCUAGCCGGUUUAGAGAAAUGUUUGCUGCUAUGGGUAUUGCUGUUGAGAUUGACAUCCUAGAUCAAGGCUCUAAGAAGAUAGAGCUGCGUAUUGGGAAAGCCACACCUCCUGUCCCAGGGCAACUGAGAACUCUGGUGAAAAGACCACCGCCUCCUUUGCUUACAUCUGACACUGCUCCCAUCUUCAUAACUGAACUUCAAAACCAAGAGGUACAGGAUGGAUAUCCAGUCAGUUUUGACUGUGUUGUUAUCGGCAAGCCAACCCCCACCAUCCGGUGGUUCAAGGAUGGGAGGGUUAUUGAAGAGGACGAUCACUACAUGAUCAACGAGGACCAGGAAGGCUGCCACCAGCUGAUCAUUACUGCUGUGGUCCCUCUUGACAUGGGCGUCUACCGCUGUCUGGCUGAAAACAGCAUGGGCGUGUCUUCAACUAAAGCCGAGCUGAGAGUGGACUUGACCAGUACAGAUUACGAUACAGCAGCAGAUGCAACGGAAACUUCAUCCUACUACAGUGCCAAAGGGUAUCUCUCCAGCCGUGAACAAGAAGGAGUGGAAUCUAUGACUGAAGAGGAACAGCUGCCACAGAUUCUAGAUGAACUUCACGACAUCCAUGUAGCUCCUGGAGCAGCUUUGGCCAAAUUCCACCUGAAGGUGAAAGGUUACCCACAGCCUCGCCUCUACUGGUUCAAAGAUGGUCAGCCGCUGCAUGCAUCAGACCGACUCUUGAAGACAGACAAGAGGGAGUUUCACGCCCUUGAAGUCCUCAACGUUACAAAGCAGGACGCUGGUCAAUAUUCUGUAUUUAUUAGGAACUCGGCUGGUUCAGCGUAUUCAGCGGCCAGGUUGCUUGUCAAAGGGCCUGGUGAGGAAGAAGAUAAACCCAGAAGAGAUGUUCAUGAGCAGCUGGUGCCGCCAAGGUUCCUGGAACGAUAUACCAACAAAAAAGUGAGGGAAGGUGCCAGCAUUACUCUUUCAGUGAAAGUUGAAGGAUGUCCACCACCCUCAGUGACUUGGCUGAAGGAAGAGUACCACGGAGAAGACAUCCUUUGGAUCAAGCCGGACACCCCAGGCUAUAAACUUGCCAGCUCCAACAUGCACCAUAGUCUUAUCUUGCUGGAUGUGAAGAAGGAGUUCAGUGGAAACUACACCUGCAUUGCGUCCAAUCAGGCUGGGCAGUCUAUCUGUAGCUCCUCCUUAGAAGUUCUGGAUGUGAAAGAGGCCGAGGUUCUGACCCAGGAGCGUGUGAUGGUGACAGAGGCCAUCAUGACAUCACUUGGGUAUGAAGAAAAGGAAAAGAAAGAACAUGGAGUCGGGGUUUCUGUACAUCCUCCUGAAGGCAGAAAAGGGGAACUUAUGGAAGGUGAAGCUGGUCGGAGCCAUAUUUCACUUGCUGAGGUUGGGACUGAGGAAUUCCUCCAGAAACUGACAUCACAGAUCACAGAAAUGGUAUCUGCAAAGAUUAGUCAAGCCACACUUCAAGUACCUGGAGCUGACAGUGACGAUGAAUCAAAAACGCCAUCUCCAUCUCCACGACACGGCAGAUCCAGGCCUUCCUCAACUGCUCAGGAGUCUUCCUCUGAAUCAGAUGAGGGGGAUGCAAGGGGAGAGAUUUUUGACAUCUACAUGGUUACAGCAGACUACCUGCCCAUGGGUGCUGAUCGUGAAACCAUCAGCCUGAAGGAAGGACAAUACGUGGAAGUCCUGGAUUCGGCUCAUCCUCUGAAAUGGCUAGUGAGGACCAAGCCUACCAAGUCCAACCCAUCCAGGCAAGGUUGGGUUUCUCCUGCCUAUCUGGAUAAGAGGUUAAAGCUGUCUGCUGAGUGGGGCAUUCCAGAGGUUCCAGAGUUCCAUGGAGAAUCAGUUUCAGAGGAUGAAUAUAAAAAGAAGCUGAGCCUCAUUAUUCAGGACUUGCUGAACACUGAGGAGGAGUUUGUCAAGGACCUAGAGUUCCUCCAGACGCACCACAUUCAGUUCACCGAGACCUGCCCUGUCGUCCCUGUGGCUCUUUCCAGUCAGAAGCUCAUCAUCUUCAGGAACAUCACAGACAUUACCCACUUCCAUUCCAUGACAUUUUUCCCAGAGCUUCAGAAAUGUGACACAGAUGAUGACGUAGCUAUGUGCUUCAUCAAGAAUGAGGGGGAAUUUGACAGGUACAUCCAGUACCUGGUGGGCCGUAUACAGGCUGAAUCUGUCGUGGUCAGCAAAACUGUUCAGGAGUUCUAUAAGCGAUAUAUAGAGGGAACAUAUUCUGCGGACUCAUCUCAGCCCCCAGUGCUUCCUCUGCAGCACUAUCUAGAGAGACCAAUAAACAGGAUCCAGAAGUAUCAAACUGUAAUUAAGGAUCUAAUUCGAAACAAAGCAAGGAACAGUCAAAACUGUGCUCUGCUGGAGCAGGCUUAUGCCAUUGUGUCUGCCCUCAACAGACGAGCAGAAAACAACCUACACGUGUCGCUCAUUGAGAACUAUCCAGGCACCCUAGAAAUCCUAGGGGAGCCCAUCCGACAGGGCCAGUUCAUUGUCUGGGAAGGCGCUCCUGGUGCCAGAAUGGCUUGGAAGGGUCACAAGAGACAUGUCUUCCUCUUCAAGAAUUAUAUCUUGGUUUGCAAGCCCAAACGAGACACCAAGACAGAUACUUACAGCUACAUCUUCAAGAAUAUGAUGAAGCUACCAAACAUAGACGUGAAUGAUCUUGUGGAAGGAGAUGACCGGGCCUUUGAGAUUUGGCAUGAGCGGGAAGACUCAGUCCGCAAGUAUCUGUUUCAAGCCAGGACCGUCAUCAUCAAGAACUCCUGGGUCAAGGAAAUCUGUGGCAUUCAGCAACGCAUCAGCCUCCCUAUAUGGGAUCCACCAGAGUUUGAGGAAGAACUGGCUGACUGUACCGCUGAACUUGGUGAAACUGUCAAAUUAGCCUGCAGGGUAACAGGCACACCCAAGCCAGGUGUCAGCUGGUAUAAAGAUGGCAAACCUGUGGAGGUGGAUCCUCAUCACAUCAUCAUUGAAGAUCCUGAUGGCUCCUGCACAUUGAUCCUUGACAACCUGACGGGUGUUGACUCUGGGCAAUACAUGUGCUUUGCUGCAAGCCCAGCUGGCAACGCCAGCACCCUGGGAAAGAUCCUUGUCCAAGUGCCUCCUCGGUUUGUAAACAAGGUUAAGCACGCAUACUACGCUGAUGGCGAAGAUGCACAGUUUACAUGCACCAUUGAAGGAGCACCUUAUCCACAGAUAAGGUGGUAUAAAGAUGGAGAUCUGUUGACAGACCCAAAUAAACACCAAAGCUUUAGUGAACCCCGGAGUGGCGUCAUAGUUCUUGUAAUCAAAAAUGCCUGUAAGGAUGACAUGGGCUUUUAUGAAUGUGAGCUGGUAAACAGAUUAGGGACAGCAAAGAGCGGUGCUCAUCUUUACCACCAGAGUGCAGCAGCACUGGCUCAGGAGAGGAGGCCGGAUCAAGCCAUUACAAUUGAAGUCACUGAGCAAGAGACUAAAGUACCCAAGAAAACCAUCAUCAUAGAGGAAACUAUAACAACGGUGGUGAAGACCCCAAGGGUAAAGCGAAGACUAUCUCCUGCCCGCCCAUCCUCAGGGUAUUCUCCUCGCUCUCCAAGAUCGGAGUACUCAACACCCGAGCCCAUUUUUGUGUCCAAGAUUAGGCAGCCUGUCCACAGGCAAGACCCAGAGGUUAUGCAAAGACCGGCCAUUCCUACACUCUUUGUGACAGAGCCAGACGAGAGGCAAGGAGCGGCAGUCAGAGGUAUCAUUGUAGAAACCACUGUGGAGGAACAGAAGCCCAAAUGGGUUGAAGUAGAGGAAAUAAUUGAGUUCAAUGUGAUGAAGCCCACCCAAACCACAAGGAAAAGAGGGGCAUCUCCUGCAAGAUCAGAUAAAGAUGAAUCAGUGUCAGGCUAUAGUCUGUCUGGCCCAAGACCCAGGCGUUCACCUGAAGAUGACCCAAACACAAAUAACUCAAACAACAAACUAGUGGAGCAGGACAAGUCUUCCCUGCCCCAAGAUGCUGAAAUGUCUGGAGAUGACUGGAAAGAAGCAAUAAUCAGCGAUGAAAAUGAAACUUCUCGUGAUAGUUUGGAAGGAAAGAGUUGCCACCAAGAAUCUGUUAGUAAGGCUGACUCGUUGGCUACCCCAUCUGUGAUUACUUUUGUGGAUGAACCACUUGAGGCAAGUGGAGUAGACAAGGAUUAUUGUCUGCCUUCACACAGAGACCUAGAGUUUAAAGAGCAUGCUACCAAGGAUGAAACCUCAGGUCCCAUGCAAGAUGAAGGUCUUCCAGAGGAAAACGUUAUAAUUGAUGAACCGGAUGUGGAGGAGCUGGAUGACCUUAAAAAGCGAGAUCUUAAAAUCCUGACGCGUAAUGGGAAAGCGUUAACUUUGGAGGACCUUGAAGACUAUGUCCCUCAGGAAGGGGAGACAUACAGGAAUCCUAACUCUGCAGAAGACAAACCUUGUGAAAUAGCUGUGCUCCAGACCGAAAUCAACAAACCAACCAUUGGGAAACCUGUCUUAUUGAAUGUAGGCAGGCCAGUGGCUUCUAAGCCAAGGCAGACGUAUUUUAGCCAGUUUGAAGGGCAUCACCCAGGAGAGGUCUUCAUGUCAGCAUCCAGAGUGGCCGGAAUGCAGUCCAGGGGCCCAUCGAAUAUUUCAUUCCAUGUCAGCGAGUCCUGCACAGCAGCAAUGGCAACACCACAGCCACACACCUCUGCCACAGGGGCCGCAUUCAAGCCGACACCAUCUUUCUGUACCGAAGUCCAGCUGUCCGCAGACAACGGACAAUCCAGCUUCAAAACUGAGGUUUCCACAAGAACCCGCAUCUAUGGCGCAGUCGGAGAAACCGUUACACUGUGCAUCAAGAAGGAAGACUCCUCCCAAAGUUGAGCGGAAGUGAACUCUAUUUCUCUAGCAGUUAUAAACCUCACUGUAAGCAACAGCCAUAAGUAACACCAAGAACCUUAGGGAGAAAACUGUGAUGGGAAUAAUAAAGAAGAAGCUAGAAGAAAACUCAAGUGAAAUACUGUGCAUUGCAAUUAAAUGUGGAGAUUUUCUAGUCUUAAAGGGAACACUUCUGUCAGUUCAGUAUAUAUAAUGCAACCUUUGAUUUGUGGUGUUUUUUUUUUAAAGCACACCAUUCCAUUGUGAAGCAAUAAGGAGCAGGUAGUGUAGACCUAGGGCAUAAUUAGUGACAAGAUCUAAUUCAGUUUGCGUUUAUGUUUUCAAAUGUUAACACGGGGCUGCCAAACUCAUAAAGAAGGAAGUUUACACAAUUGCUCUUUGGCAGCAACUAAAGGAAAGCUUUUCAUCUAAGCGCGUUUCAAGUUGCUGUUUGUAUAUGCCAGGCUCUUAUGAAACAGCUGAGCUGGCACUUUUAGUAAACAACGUAAUGACCACAAACUGCUUCUGCACAUUUAAGUGUGCUUUAAAAAAUGAUUUACUUUCACCUUGUGUGUGUGGACAACACAGAUGCCAUGCAUGCCUUUCAGAAUGUACAAUUUAUGUUCUUUUCUUCGUGGUGGGGUUUAAUAGGUACAAUUGACAAGACUGUCCAGCCUUGAUUCUAUAGAAAUUCAGUGCUGUUUUUGACAUUGAAUUCAGAGGAAACAAGAUUAUAUGUGAUCAAAAAACUAAUUAAAGUGGCAUUUGUUGUUAA